AUGUUAACAUUUAACAGUUGCGUCAACACAAAAUAAAAUUUUUUACAUUAGUGGAUCUAAAACAAAAAUAAUAAUUUCCUUAAAAGGCAUAAAUUAAAACAUUAAAUUAAUACUCAAAAAUACUUAACGUGUGCGGAUCAUUAAAAAUAAUUAAUAUAAUUUGGCAAUUUAUUAGGGCGACAUUAAAGAACCUGUCUAGACGUUUGAACUUUUAACGAAAAAUGUCAAUGCCAAUGAGUAAUUUAAAUCAAGGUGGCUACGUCCCUCCGGGUUAUGCGCCAAAUGCACCUCCAGCUCCAGGAAAUUAUAAUCCAGGAGCACCGCCACCAGGCAAUUACGGAUUUGUUGCCGGACAACAGCCACAAGGUUACGCACCAGUACCUCAAAUGCCAUACGGUGAAGUACCAUUUGGUGGAGGAGCCCAGCCGCAAUAUGCUGGACCACCUGCAUAUGUUGCACCACCACAACAAAUGCAAUACGGUGGAGGGCCACCUCAGCAGUAUAAUGGAGGUUUUCAACCAGGAUAUGGUGCACCACAAGCUCCUAUUGUAACUCAACCAGGUCAGCCUAUGCCACCAGGUCAACCUAUGGGACCACCCGGCGACUGGAUGAGUAUACCUCCCGGCAUACCGAAUUGUCCACGAGGUUUGGAAUACCUUACUAGUAUAGAUCAGCUUUUAGUUAAACAAAAAGUCGAAUUAUUAGAGGCAUUUACCGGUUUCGAGACCAACAAUAAAUUCUCCAUUAAAAAUGCGCUCGGUCAAAAGGUCUACUAUGCGGUGGAAGACACCGACUGUUGCACACGUAACAUGUGUGGUCCAGCUCGACCAUUCGAUAUGAAAAUUUUUGAUAAUUUCCGCAACGAAGUUAUACAUGUACAUCGGCCAUUGGCCUGUUCCAGUUGUUUGUUUCCAUGCUGUUUACAAUCAAUGGAGGUUUCGGCACCACCCGGUAAUGUUAUCGGUACAAUCGAACAAGAAUGGAGUCUCUGUGCACCAGCAUUUAGAAUUAAAAAUCAUAUUGGUGAUACAGUUUUACGCAUUGAGGGUCCUAUUUGUACAUUUUCAAUGUGUGGUGAUGUCGAAUUUAAUAUCGUUUCUCUGACUGGUGAAAAUAUUGGCAAAAUUUCUAAACAAUGGUCUGGUUUAGCACGUGAAAUUUUUACUGAUGCCGAUUUCUUUGGCAUUACUUUUCCCUUAGACUUGGAUGUGCGUAUGAAAGCUGUGCUUUUAGGUGCAACAUUCCUUAUUGAUGCCAUGUUCUUUGAAAAAUCUGCUAACAUUGAAAGUGAUCGUCCCGGAAUGCUGUAAAAAUGUUAAUUAAAACAACAGACAUUUAUUUAUUUUAUUUUAUUAUUUUUUUUACUAUUUUAUGUAACUUUCAUACAUAUACUACAUGAAUAUGAAAAUGUGAUUAUAAAAUAUUUUAUAAUACGUUAUUUCAAUUCUGCCCGGUUUUUAUACUUAGUAUUUGCAAUUCAAUUUAAUAAUAAACAAAGAUAUUUUUUUUUAUCAAAAUGCUUAAAAUAUUUAAUAAAUAAUUAAACUCAGGUUAUUAUUUAUUGUUAAAUAAAGAAGAAAUAAUAUUUUUUUGAGUGAAUAUAUAAAAUGUAUUUAAUAAGUGUUUAAAAAACGCAUAUGUAAGUUAAAAAUGUAUUAUUACAAAACGAAUUUGAAUAUUGUGCUGUAUUUUUGUAUAUUUUUAAUUUUUAAAUAAAAAAUUAGCUUGUUUUAUUUUUAAUAAAACUUUGUUUAAUGCUAAAUUAUUAAUUAAUACAAA